GAGGUUCCAGCCUCCCUCCCUGCCCGGUGCAGCCCGGGCCACCCGCGGAACCCCGAGGUCCGCUGCGCCCCGCCGGGUGGGCCUCCCGCGCCUGGGGCGCGUCCUCCCGAGGGCCCCGGGGUGGCCGAGCGCGCCGCCGGGCGCGGUCACAGCUGCGGGGAGCGCGCGUCCACGCGAGGCGCGGUCAUAGCUGCGGGAGCCGGGCGCGGCCCGGAGCGCGGGCCCGAGGCGGCCCCAGGGAGGGAGGCGCGACACCGCGGGCACGCGGCUCUGGGGGCGCGCAGCAGGAGUCGCCCGGUUGUCGGCCUUGGGGGCGCGCCGCGGGGUCGUCUGGGAGGCGGUGUCGGGCGCGAGCCGCGCCCCGCGGAGGCUGCCGGGAGUUGUAGUUCGCGCGGGCGGGCGCGCUCGGCCCUGUUGGCUGCGGAUGCCUUUGUCGCCUGCCCGGCGCCCGCGUGAGGGCCGCUCGGGCCGGGAGUCCGCGGGGCUGCGCGCGCGUCCUGAGUCCGAGCGGCCGGGCGGGCAGCGGGGCGGCCUGGGUGGGGGGCCCCGGGCACCCGCGAGGGUCGCGCGGCGGGUCCUGGGGGCCCGCGCUGGGCCCUUCCCCCCGCGCGCCGCUGGAGGAGUCGCCAUGGAGCCCGGGGGCGGCGGUGAGGACCCCGCGGGCCGGCGGUCUCGGGGAGGGGGCUCCCCGCGCCCCUGGGGCAGAGCCCGGCCCUGCGCGGCUGCGGGCCCGCGGGGCCACGUGCGCCCGCCCGCCCGACGAGCCCGCCCCUGGCGUCCGCGGUGACGCCCGUUUGGCCUCGCAGCACCGGGCAGAUGGGAAGUGAGGGCGCGGAACGUCCCGGCCUGGUCAGACUCCCGGCUGGACCGCAGGACCUCCCACUUUUCCCGGAAGCCAGAUCGAGGCUGAAAAGCCAGCUUGCUCAGGGAACGUGACUGCCUUGGUCCUGGAUGCGCCGGGAGCGGGGUGGAGCAGGGCGCAGCGCCGGGCGAGGCGCGGGCCCCGGAGCCUGCUGGCGGCGUCUGGACCGUCGCUCAGCACAUGGGCGGUGGACAUGGGUGUCUUAUUUAUUCUACGUGUGCAGGUUCACGUGGGGUUUAAAAGCGGAGGAGGAUGGAGGGAUCCCGAGGCGGCCGCGGGCACGGCUGUCCCGAUUCUGGAAUGUUGUGGGGUUGUCUCUUGGUUCUCUGUGGGGACUUGUGUGACCGUCUCGGCUCCUCUCUCCACUUCCAGGGCCGCCCGCUGAGGACGCAGACCUGCCCCAGGCUGGGACUCCCGGCGAGGACGGCGUGGCCGCCGGGCCUCUGGGCCCCGGGCCCCGGGUGGGUUUGCUCUUCCGCUUUUUUUUUUUUCUGUUUCAGUGCAUGGGUGUAUUUUCUUCCCGUGUUUUGGAACUGCUCAGCUCUGAUCCCUGGAAGACAGGGUUCACCCCGAUAAACUGGUGAAUGAUGAACCUCGGGGUGUGCUCCCCACCUGGCGGAGCUCUCCCUCGGGGCGCUGCUGCCUCUCCCCCCUCCAGCGCUCGAUGGAUGUGCACCGCCUGUUCCGUACUGGGACUGCCCUUGUGUGAGAAGCCGAGGAAUAAAGCCCGGGGCCCCUGCCUCGUGGAGUUUACUGAGGAAAUAAGCUAUGGAUGGGUAAAAUAAACCACGGGAAGAAAUGCAUUUUUGAACUGCAGAAAUGACUGGUACAGACAAGUCUUAAAAGGAAUCGUUGAUGAUCAGGGACAUGGCCGAGACCCUCGCCCCGUGGGAGCAGCUGAGCCCUCCCCAGGGGGAUCUGCCCAGGAAGCUUCGGAGUCUGGUCCUGCUGGGGCUUCCAAUUGCCAAGCCUGAUGUAAUAUCUCAGUUGGAGCGAGGGGAGGAGCUGGAGAGAGAUGUCCCCAGAGCAAGCAGUCCAGACUGGGAGACAAGGCAAGAAAGCAAAGAGCUAACUCCAGAGCAGGACAUUUCUGAAGAGGAAUCAGCCCCUGGGGUGUUUAUAGAAAGAUUUCCAAAGGAAGGUUCCAGUGAAUGUGAGGAUUCUUUAGAGAGUCAGUGGGAAAAUCAUGAGAAAAAUUUAAGACAAGUGGCUGUCACUCAGAAGAAAUCUUCUGGGGAGAGAAGCUACCAGUGUGAUGAAUUUGGAAGAAAUUUUAGUCGAAGGUCAUUAUUUGUUCAACAACGGGAGAGACUAUAUGAUUGUGAUUCACUUGAAAAGAACUUAAAACAAAAUUCGGAUCUAAUUAGGCAUGAGAGAAUUUAUGCAGGAAAGAAACCUUGGAAGUGUGAUGAGUGUGGGAAAGCUUUCAGUUACUACUCAGCUUUUGUCCUGCACCAGAGAAUUCACACAGGAGAAAAACCUUACGAAUGUAAUGAAUGUGGGAAAGCUUUUAGCCAGAGCAUACACCUGACUCUGCACCAGAGGAUUCAUACUGGAGAGAAACCCUAUGGAUGCCAUGAAUGUGGGAAAGCUUUCAGUCACCGUUCCGCCCUUAUUCGGCAUCAUAUAAUUCACACUGGAGAGAAACCCUAUGAAUGCAAUGAAUGUGGGAAGGCCUUUAAUCAGAGCUCAUACCUGACGCAACAUCAGCGAAUUCAUACUGGAGAGAAACCUUACGAAUGUAACGAAUGUGGGAAGGCCUUCAGCCAAAGCACAUUUCUUACCCAGCAUCAGGUCAUUCAUACUGGAGAGAAACCUUAUAGGUGUAACGAAUGUGGGAAAGCCUUUAGUGAUCGUUCAGGCCUCAUUCAGCACCAGAGAACUCACACUGGGGAGAGGCCAUAUGAAUGUAAUGAGUGUGGGAAAGCCUUUGGUUACUGUUCGGCUCUGACUCAGCACCAGAGAACUCAUACUGGUGAGAAACCCUAUAAAUGCAGUGAUUGUGCCAAAGCCUUCAGUGACCGCUCAGCCCUUAUUCGUCAUCAGAGAACACACACUGGAGAGAAACCUUACAAGUGUAAGGAUUGUGGAAAAGCUUUCAGCCAGAGCUCAUCUCUCACAAAACAUCAGAAAACUCACACUGGAGAAAAACCCUAUAAGUGCAAGGAAUGUGGGAAAGCCUUCAGCCAGAGUUCAUCCCUUUCCCAACAUCAGAAAACUCAUGCUGGAGGGAAAACCAAGGAAUAUGGAAAAGCCUUUAGUGAGCAUUCAGCCGUGGGCCAACAAAAGAGAAUUCAUACUGGAUAAAUACCAUGUAAAUGUAGUACAAUCGGAACAUAUUUAUUGAGCAUUUACUGUAAAUGCUCUGAGGGCUACAAAGAAACGUAGAACUGUGUUCCAAAAAAAUGUAUUUCUUGAGACAUCCUUAUUGAUUUGGGACAUAGCUUGCUUAGAAUGUGUAAAAGAAGUUUUACAAAUUUUACACAUGUCCUAAUGGAGGACAUUUUGAAUUUCCCUGGGAAAAAAAGGAAAAUUAUUUCUGACGAUCUAAUCUGUAUUUAAGCUACCAAAUCCUCGAGAGAGAAAUAGAGUGUGUUGGAAAGAGGACAUCUUAAGUGGGCCAGAUAUUCUCAUAAUACUACAGAGAUAAAGUUUUAAAGAGAUAAGUAGUUCUUUUAGAGAUAUCGCAGGGAUAGAAAUAAGAGAUUGAGAGUUCACAAUGAGUUUGUCCAGUGUCGGGAGUGGUGGUGGAAAGGAAGUUACCCUUUAGUCUUAAGUUUUAAGGACACGAGGUAGUAGAUGGAAAGGAUAGUGAAAGAGAAUGGGGGGAGCGAGCCCUCCAAAAAUGUUGAUUGUCAUAACUAUUCAACUGAGUACUCACAACCAAGGAAAAUAUUAGUUGAACUUGUUACUGGGCAGAGCUGGUCCCUCGCAAAGUUUCCGUUUAGAGAGCUUUACCCUGAAGCCAAGGUGGUCCACGUCUCCACUUUUUGUGUUUUAGACCUUGCUUAUUGAGGCAUGUAGCCACCUCAGAAUCUCUUACAGCUCCAGGGGUCAAGACCUAAAGCCUAGAAAGAGAAAAUACAGAAGGGACCUUUGCUGUUUUAAAUCUGUUUUAAGCUAUCCAAUUCACUUGUGAAGGUGCUUAUUUGUAACUAUUUACCUCAGUGGUAUGUAGUGUGUAUCACAGAAGUUUUCAUACCAUGGUGGAAUCUAGUUGUAGACUUGAACUGACACCGCAUAUUAGAAUGUGAAAAACUUGAAAAGAUGUUGAAAUUCUUGCCUUUCAUUAUUUUACUCUUGGGUAGAAGCACAUCAUAUCUUUGCAUAUAUAUAAGUGUGUAUAUGUAUAUAUUUAUUGAAACUUUGAAGAUUAAUAUUGGAAACUUUUUGAGUGCAGUGUUUUUUAGUUUUCAGAAGUUUGACUUCAAUGUGCCUUGGCAUGGAUUUCUUUUAGUUUACUCUGGAGUUUGCUCAGCUUCUUGAACCUGUAGGUUUAUAUCUCUUGCCAUAUUUGGGAAAUUUGUAGCCAUCAUUUCUUUGACUACGUUCUCAGUGCCCUCCCCACACCCUUCUCCCCUCUGCCUCUUUCCUUCUGGGACUCUGAUGAUGCAAAUGUUAGAUCUUUGGUUACAGUCCCACAGGUUCCAAAGGCUUUGUUCAUUUUUUUCCAGUCUGCUUUUUUUCUGUUGUCAGGAAUGGGCAGUUUCUGUUUUUGCUGUCUUCAAGUUCAUGGAUUCUUUCCUCUGUGCCCUCGUGCUGCUGUUGAACCCAGCAUUGAGUUUUGAUUUACUGAGUAAAUGCCCAAGAAAUAUUUUAUUUUUGUUAUUGUAUUUUUCGGUCCUGAUGAUUCUUUAUAUUAUUUCUUUGCUGAGGCUUUAUUUUUUUUCAUUUGUGAGAAAUGUGCUUAUAAUUGCUCAUUGAGGCAUUUUUGUGGUGGUGCUUUAGUGUCCUGGCUGCCAAAGCAAAUACCGUGCAUUGGAUUGGCUUAAACAGUGGGAAUUUAUGGGCUCACAGUUUUGAGGCUGGAGAAGUUCAAAGUCAAGGCGUCAUCCAAACAGUGUUUUCCCCCAGAAGACGGGUGUUCUGGGGCUGGCUGCUGGCGAGCCUUUGUCCGUGGCUUUUCUGUCACACGGCUGUGCACAUGGCGGCCGCUCCCGGCUCGUCCUUCCUCUUCCAGGUUCCAUUGAUUUUCAGCUUCUGGCUGCUCUCUCUGGCUACCUCUCUCUCUCUCUCUCUCUCACUCUCUGUCUCUCACCCCCCCCAAGGCCUUCAAUAAUAGGACCAAGACCUGAUUCAGGUGAGCCACACCUUAACUGAAGUAACCUCAAAAAUCCUAUUUCUAAGAGUUCACACCCACAGCAAUGGAUUAAGUUUAAGAACAUGCUUUUCUUGGGUACAUAGCUCGAAACCACCGGAGAUGACUAUUUUGAAAUCCUUGUCAGGUAAUUCUAACACCUGUCAUCUUAGUGUUGGCAUCUGUGGAUUGCCUUCUCAUUCAAGUAGAGAUUUUCCUGAUUCUUGACAUUAUGAAUAAUUUUCAGUUGGAACCUGAUAAAACACUGGAUCCUAUUUGAAUCUUCUGUUUUAGUAGGCUUCCCCUGACACUGCUGUAGCAGGGUGGGGUGAUGGUACCACCUCAUUACUUUCAGGUGGCCUUGGAACUCCAGCUUUGCCAUGGGGCCUCUAUCAACAUCUGGGCUGUAGUGGGGUUCCCUGAUACUAAGCAGGGGUGUUUUGUUGUUGCUCCUUCAGUGGCCUCAUUACUGCCAGGCAGUGGUGAAGUCUCCUCUUCUCUAGGCCUCCACUGGCCUCACACCAGGGGAGGGGGGUGCAUUUUGUCAUCUCUGGUGGGGUUGGAAGUCCAGUCUCCCCAUGUGCUCUAACUCAAACUGAGGGUUGGGAGAAGGCUCGGUUUUCUAACUGCCUGGCAGAGACGAAAAUCUUCUCCCCAUUUAACCUUCUCUGACACCACCCCCAGUGGGGAGAUGGCCAGGGCCUUGUUCCGGCCUGGUGAGGAUGGAAAUCCAGGCUUCCCGCUCAGUUUUUGUUGGUGGGGGUAGAGCUGCAGUUUUUUUCUAAUGUCUUUGGCUGGAGUAGGGCAAUGGUUGUCUGAAAGUUUUCUGUCUUGCUAGGCUGCCCCUCUCCUGGCCUUCUCUAGAGACAGCAAGCUUGCCUUGGGCCUUUUUUUGGUCCAUGCCUGUGCAUGUUUCUGUGUUGCUGGCUUCUUCAGCUCUUCUUCAGUCUGGGAUAUCUGAGGCAAAAAGAAAACCCAAGGAACUCACAUUCCAAGUCUCUAGCUGGCCUGCCCUCUCUCCACCUUUCAGAGUCUUGUGCUUGUUUUCUAUAUAAUGUCCAGGGUUUUUAGCUGUACUUAGCAGGAGAACGGAGAAGAGUAUUUCAUCUUUUUGGCAAUAUCCUUGCAUUUGAAACCAAAAGGACACAUCAAGGUGUGUCAGUUCCAGCCCAGGAGUUUGCGUCAUCCAUAGUUCCUUUGUAGCCAGUUAGAACUAAGCAUCGAGAGGUGUGUCCGCUGGCCCCAGAGGUGAGCUGCUGGGUGGGCAGGUGGAAACCACCAGGCCGCGGGCUUCGCGUGACUGUGAAGGAACCAACGUUUUAAGUUGGGGAAACACCAGUAUUUAGUUGUAGAUUACAGAUUUGAAAAUGGAAGAUAGAUUUGACUGAGAAUAUUAACUAUAAGGAUAAAAUUAUUUCUUUGUAUCUUUGUUUCAAGAGUGUGUGAGAACCACUGGAGAAGCGGAUUCAGAAUUUUGCUUUAUUCAUUAAGUACUAUCUAUAUGGAUAGGUGUUCAUUUUAAUUUGAUCUAUAACACACAAUACCAUAGAGAACCAACAAAAGAGAAUGAAAAUAAUUGGGAUUAGGACAAAUCACUUCAUCCUUUUAGUCUAUUUCCUCAUUUGUAUUUUUUAAAAAUUUAAUAAGUACCUGAGAGUGAUUCGAAUUAGGUAGAUAACGGGUGCAGCAGUGAUUUGUAAGCUAUUGAGUGCUAUAUAACUAUUAGGUAUUGUUAAUAUGAUCGUUUAUAUGAAUUGUCCAUCGUGUAUGUCCUAUGGUGUAGCCUAAUAAAAUGACUUUGAAU